AUGGGUGACAUAGGGGAGAUGGUCUUUAGGCCGAAGAAGUAUAACACCGAGCUCACCGACUUCUCAGAGGUUCACGCAGAUAAAACUGGACCACAUGCUGAAAAUCUCGAGGUCGAUGCGUUGAUCGUCGGUGCCGGUUUUGCCGGUGUUUUUAUGCUGAAAACCCUUCGUGACCGCGGCCUGAAGACGGUCAUUUUCGAGGCUGGCAACGACACGGGUGGCACCUGGCGAUGGAAUUGCUACCCUGGCGCCGGUGUCGAUUCCGAAGUCCCAGAGUACGAAUUCUCUUGGCCUGAGGUAUACAACACGUGGAACUGGCCCAGCAACUACCCUAACUACAAUGACCUGCGUGAUUACUUCGAUCAUGUGGAUAAAGUAGUUGGUAUCAAGAAGGACUGCUCUUUCAACACCGUCGUGAUUGGAGCUCAGUUCGAUACCAAUGAGGGAAGAUGGAAUGUUAAAACUGCAGACGGUCGCACGACCAAGGCCAAAUACCUUGUCCUUGGAACUGGCUUUGCCGCCAAGCGUUAUAUUCCCCCGUGGGAGGGCGUGGAUAAAUUCAAGGGUGUUGUGCACCAUUCAUCUUUCUGGCCCGAGAAAGAAGUCGAGGUGAAAAACAAGCGCUGUGCGAUUAUUGGCACCGGCGCCUCAGGCGUGCAAAUUACGCAGGCUUGGGGACCCGAGGCUGGCGACCUCACGGUCUUUCAACGAACUCCCAAUCUCGCACUACCUAUGCGCAAGCGGGACCUUACUGUUGAAGAGCAGGAGCGCCUCAAGCCCUACUAUCCGGAGCUGUUCCGGCACCGCGAGGCCAACUUUGCCGGUUUCUUAUAUGGUUGGUGCGAGCGCAACACCUUUGACGACACACCCGAACAGCGCGAGGCGUUGUACGAGAAGGUUUGGAAGGAAGGUGGCUUCCGCUAUUGGGUUUCUGUGUACAAGGACAACCUGAUAAACCCCGAGGCCAACAAAGAGUCGUACGAUUUUUGGGCCAAGAAGACCCGUGCUCGGAUCGAUGAUCCAAAGAAAAGGGAGAUCCUUGCGCCGGAAAAGAUGCCGCAUUACUUCGGUGUCAAGCGACCAUGUCUUGAGGGGACAUAUUAUGAGCAGUUCAAUCGGGAAUCAGUGCACGUGGUUGACAUCAAGGAUAACCCGAUCAGGGAAUUCACCGAGACCGGUAUCACGCUUGAGGACGGAACUCACCAUGAAUUUGAUGUCAUUGCUAUCGCGACUGGAUUUGACGUUGUUACCGGCGUCAUGACCCAACUCGGCCUGAAAAGCAUCGACGGCGCCGAACUUGAGCAAGAGUGGGCUUCAGGCGCAAAGACCUAUCUCGGUAUCACUGUGAGCGGCUACCCGAAUAUGUUCCACAUCUAUGGCGCACACGGCCCGACGCUGUUGUGCAAUGGUCCCACGUCAGUCGAGAUACAGGGCCGGUGGAUUUCCGAUGCCAUUGCCAAGAUCGAGGCCAAUGAUGUCAAGUACAUCAACCCCAAAAUCGAGGCUGCCGAUAAUUGGAAAGAUCAUGUUGUGGAACUCAAUAACCUGACCCUCUUCCCCACGACACAGUCGACGUAUAUGGGUGGCAGCAUCCCUGGCAAGGUUUAUGAGCCAGUGAGCUACGCUGGUGGUGUCCCCGCCUAUGCCUUGGAGAUUCGGAGGGCACUAGAUACCUGGGAGCAGGGAUUUGACAUCGUCAAGGCCUGA